AUGAACUCAAAGAAAAAAUAUUUAUCCAUACUCGAGAGAGAUUUUGACUUACUUGACAGAAAUAAAAAUGGCUGGUUAAGUAAAAAAGAAGUUCAGAACUGUCUAAUCUCGUUUGGAUUCGAUCCACAUUAUACAGAGGAGUUCAUGUUAAACUUUGAUAUCAACAAUGAUGACAAAAUAACAAAAAAAGAAUUCCUCGGAGCUGUUAAACAAAUUCAAAUUGGGAAGAUAACUGAUGCAGAAAUGCGUUCAGCAUUUAGAAGUGCUGAUAAAAAUAAAUCUGGUAAAAUCGAUGCCUACGAGUUACGGGAUUUCUUGAAACAACAGAAAAAUGUCGUUUCCAUGGAACUUUGUACCAAGUGGAUCAAUGAGAAUGAUAAAAACGGUGACCGGAUGUUGGAUUAUGAAGAAUUUUUGAAGUUUGUUCAGUCAAUGUUAUGA